UACACGCAAGCAUAAAUGUUUGGAAAGAAUUAUAAUGAUAGGCUUGGUCCUAGAACAUGAUCUUGUUGCCAUUGAUCAGUACGUUCAAGCAAUCAUAAUUAUCAUAUUGGCUCGUACUAGAGACUCUUUUGGGCUUUCAGUACCGCGGUUUCAAGAUCGUUCUCCCAUAUUUCAAUCGUUUAAAAAUAACUGCAAUAGUUGAAUAUAGGUUCACGAGGGUAAAAAACAUUUGACAUGUUUUACAAGUAAGGUUGGUCGGAAAAUUAAUAAAAUACUAAGCAAAUGAUUUUAGUGAAGAGAUAAAUAUUAAACUAAUUAUCUUGUAAGUUAUUUAAUUAUAUAGCUCUUUUACUGAGCUGGAUAAACUAAUACAACAUCCUAGAAGUAGCCAAGUUUAAGAAAGUAAAGAGAUGAGAAUAAAGGAAAGUUCUAGUGCUUUAACAACUCAAAUACCAAACUCUAGGAUGUUCUUCUUUGUUCUUCAUUCAUCCCUUUAAAAUAGCAAGAAUAUAUUUCAACACAAACCACUUUAUAGUUUAUAUUUCAUACAAAUUGGAAAAGAAAAAAAAAAAAACAGGUGUGAAUUUCAGACUAAGUAAGAAAAAAGCAAGAAAAAUGGGAGAAGUGAUACUGUUGGACUACUGGUCAAGUCCAUUUGGGAUGAGAGUUAGGAUUGCAUUAGCUGAAAAAAAUGUAGAGUAUGAAGAAAGAGAAGAAAAUCUUAACAACAAAAGUCCACUUCUUUCGAAGAUGAAUCCUGUUCACAAGCAAAUCCCUGUUUUAAUUCACGAAGGGAAGCCUGUGUGUGAAUCUAUGAUCAUUGUUCAAUAUAUUGAUGAAGUUUGGGCACAUAAGGCUCCCCUAUUGCCCUCUGAUCCUUAUGAGAGGGCGAAUGCUCGGUUUUGGGUUGACUACAUCGACAAGAAAAUAUACAACAUAGGGAAGUUAGUGUGGGCUUCUGAAGGUGAAGUGCAAGAGGCAGCAAAGAGGGAACUAGUGAUGUGCUUCAAAUUGUUGGAGACAGAGCUUGGUAACAACCGUUUCUUUGGAGGUGAAAAUCUAAACAUUGUUGAUAUAGCUCUUAUACCAUUUUACAGUUGGUUUUACGCCCUUGAAACAUGUGGCAACUUCAGCCUUGUGGAAGAAUGUCCGCACUUGGUGGCAUGGGCUAAGAGGUGUAUGGAAAGAGGAAGCGUUUCCAAGUCUCUUCCCGAUCAAUUUAAAGUUUAUACUCACCUGUUGGAGCUAAGAAAGCAGCAUCUUGCUGAGCUCAAAGGCUAAUUGAAUUUCAUUGUAUCAUGUUUUUUAGGGUGCUUUUUUGUUUUGUUUUGUUUUCUUUUUUUCCUCCUUUUCUUAAAUUUUUUGUUAAUGUUUUUCGUAUAAACUUUCUAAGUUUGAAAAUUAUGCUACCCUACCAAUGUUUUAUGUAGACAAGUUAAUCGUGAAACAUGUACUUAAUAAAGAGGGACUAGUAUGUGUGUAGGUCUUGUAAAUGUGUUCCUUUAAUAUUAGUACAGUUUUAACUUGUUUUAUUAAAAAACAGCAAGUAAAAAGACUUUUCUAUGUUAAUUCAUAAUUGGGUUUUUACUCGAAUACUCUAUUAUAGGCAAGCAAAAUGCUGAAAACAAAGAUGUUUAUUCAUAUAUAGAUUGUAAUACAUGGUCUUGUUGAUUACUACA